AGGGACAUGAUGGAAAGGGGCCAUGACCGGGAUGCACUCCAGUGCAGGAUUAAAGUGAAGGAGCUGCGGAGUUCCUACCGCAAAGCCCGCGAGGCAAACAGCCACUCGGGUGCUCCCCCCGUGACCUGCCGAUUCUACAAAGAGUUGGAUGCGAUACUUGGGGGUGACCCCACUUCCACUCCAAGCACUACCAUGGACACUUCAGAGUGGGAGGAGGAGGAGGAGGAAAGCAGGAGUGAUGGUGCUGAGGUGGGAGGAAACACCCUGGAAUCCUGGAGGCAUGCAGCCAGGAAUUCUUCUCGAGCCAGGAGGAAGAUAGCCAGUUGCAGCAGCCGGUACUUGGUGAAGAACAAACAGAAGAGCAGGUUCCCAAUGCAACCUUGAGAUCUCAGCUGUCCAUGUUAUCACCGGCUGAGAGACUGCAAAGACUCAGG